ACUCGUUUAAAGUCUCAGCCGAUGAAGGUAUUCUUUCUGACUCGUAUCUAUGAGUAGUAAUUAAGCUUAUAUAUGUCAUAUAAAUAUAGAGUACCAUAGAGUACUAAUUAAAUUGAUCACUCCCAUUGCAGUUUGCUCCAUGAAAUUUAUUGCAAGGGAAUGCAUUGUAGCUGUGACACGUGAUAAUCACCUCCAUGUGUAUGAUUGUGCGUGUGUAUCGAAAAUCGAAAAGAUUAGGAGAGUCAUACCUCCGCAUUAUGUGUCCUCCAGUCCAAUACUAGCCGUUCAUCCAAUCCUACCGUAUGUGUUGUUAUCACAGGCAGUGGUUUUAGACUGGGAGCAGGGCUGGAAGCCCAAACAAAGAUUUUGGACUGGUUGGUCUGAUGUACCAGAGGCGACCGCAUUUAACCCUGGAGAUGCCGAAUGUUUUGCGACUGGGUGUAAGAGUGGCAAAGUACAGGUUUGGCUGCUUGGUUCUAGCUACCCUAAAUAUUCUUUCUGUGGGCAUUCCGGUACUGUGAACUGCGUUGAUUUUAUCCCACAUCGAGGUCAACACUAUUUUGUCAGUUGCUCUGAGGAUGGCACUAUCAUGGCUAAAGAGAACAAUUAACUUAGGUGGUGGUGGACCUAUUGUCUCUCUUGGAUAUUUGAUGGCUUUACGAAGGAUUGUGAUUAGGCAAAAGAACACAAUAACUAACAUGGAAAUCACCGAUGAGGAAGCGUUGGGACCCGAAAGUACGGCGACGAAGGGAGCUGAAGCGGAGCGCAAUCAAGACAGAGCAGAGGACAGCGAAACACAGGAACUGGUUGAAAUGCAAGAGCAGCAAGGAUCUGAAGCGGAGCGCAUUCAAGACAAAGCAGAGGACAGCGAAACAGAGGAACUAGAUGAAGUGGAGGAGCAGCAAGAGUUGCAACCCACGAUUGUAAAGCCCCGAGCACAACGCCGACAGGAGAAGAAACAUGCCCGCGUGCUAGCAAAGCGAGCUGAAGUGGAGCGCAGAAAAGCUGAAGCAGAGCAACGCCGCCGGGAGAAGCAACACGCCCGGGUGCUGGCAAUGCGAGCUCAAGUGCUGCAAAGUCAAGCCAAAGCAGAGCAUUCUGACGCAGAAGAAUGGGCUGAAACACAAGAGCAGGAAUUGCUGGAUGUUGGGACCAACGACUCAGGUCGCCAGUCUCAUGUUGUUGAAACUUCUCAACGCUGGUGGGUGCAUUUCUUUGGUUCAUCAUCGACUCCCGUUGAAAGAGCAGGUGGACUUGCUUUGGUUGCUCUCUUGUUAGCACUAAUCUUCACCGGAGCAGCAUCAGGGGGCCGGAACAUACCCAUGACUGAGCUAUGA